GCACAGCCAGCUGCAACCAGAAGACCCAGUUUUGAAGUUUCUGAACCUGGGUCUUGGAUGCAUUCAGCUGUCUACACCGUGGCGGCUUCAGUGCAGACACUUCAAACAAAAUCAUGGAGCCCCAGAGACAGAGCACGAAGACAGAGCUGCCGUUGUCCUUAGGAAGAUUCCACAUCUCAGAAGAGUAUGGCUUUCUUCUUCCAAAUCCUCUGAAAGAACUUCCGGAUCACUACAGGCCUUGGAUGGAAAUUGCCAAUAAACUUCCUCACUUGAUAGAGACUCACCAGCUUCGAGGUCAUGUGAACAAGAUGCCUCUCCUGAACUGCCAGUUCCUUAAGGGUCACCGGGAACAGCGCCUGGCCCACUUGGUCCUGAGCGUCAUCACCAUGGGAUACGUGUGGCAGGAGGGAGAGGCGCGGCCCGCAGAGGUUCUGCCCAGAAAUCUUGCCCUGCCCCUGGUGGAAGUCUCUAGGACCUUAGGGCUCCCUCCUAUCCUGGUGCACGCAGACCUGGUGCUGGCCAACUGGGCCAGAAGGAACCUGGCAGGACCCCUGGAAAUCAGGAACUUGGAGGUCAUCAUCUCAUUUCCCGGGGGAGAGAGCUUUCGUGGUUUCGUACUGGUGACUGCUUUGGUAGAGAAAGCAGCAGCGCCUGGGAUUCAGGCUCUCGUUCAGGCCGUGAAUGCCAUCUCGCAGCGCAGCCAGGACGCCCUGCUCCACGCCCUGCAGCAACUGAGACUCUCCAUAGAGGCCAUGACCACAGCCUUGGGACAAAUGCACGAUUAUGUAGAUCCAGACAUAUUUUAUGCAGUCAUCCGGAUCUUCCUCUCUGGAUGGAAAGAUAACCCAGCAGUGCCCGCAGGGCUGGUGUAUGAAGGUGUCUCUGAGGAGCCUCUGCAGUACACAGGAGGGAGUGCGGCUCAGAGCACAGUGCUUCACGCCUUGGACGAGUUCCUGGGCGUUCGUCAUAGCAAGGAAAGUGCUGACUUUCUGUGCGGGAUGAGGGACUACAUGCCUCCUUCCCAUAAGGCCUUCAUAGAAGAAAUCCGCACUGCUCCUGCCCUGAGGGAGCACGUCCUGUCUUCAGGAGGCCGGCAGCUACUGGCAGCCUACAACCAGUGUGUGGAGGCCCUGGCAGGUCUGCGCAGCUACCACAUUACCAUGGUGACCAGAUACCUCAUCACGGCUGCAGCCAAAGUGAGGAGCCGGAAGCCGAGCCCUCUCCCAGGGUCACCUCAGGCUUUAGAAGAAAGGGGUACAGGUGGGACUGCGGUUCUGAGGUUCCUAAAGAGUGUCAGGGACACAACCUUAGAGGCCAUCCUUCAGCCGAGUGGGUAAGAGGCUGCCUCUCCCCAACAAGGCGGCGCAGCUGCGGGAGGGAGGGAGGUGGGUGGAGGCUGCCACCAGGGUCCCUCCUGGAAUCCUCCCAGGAGGACUCAGCCCUGCUCCAAGUUUCGCUCUAUAGAAGUCACGUUCUCCUGGUUGUGAGCUGUCGGGUUCACCAAGGAGAGCUGACAUGGCCAGACACUCUUGUUUCCUAGCUGAUCCCUGCAGAACAGCAGGCAGUUUGGACGCCUCCUUAUCCAGAACCCCACAGAGAAGUCAGUGUUCCUCAUUCUUUCUGCCAAGUAAUAGAACCAUUCAAAAAAAAAAAACCCAAAUAAAAUUGCCUGGGGACAGAUAACCUUGUUGAUUUCCUUAAAAAACAAAUUCACUUUAUUAAGUUCUUACUGAGCACUGCCUCUGAGAUGAGAGCACAGAUUCCUUUGGCCCCAGACCAGCCCUUUUCUUCCUGAGGGUGUUGGGUUUGCUGUAGGAGCCGGACAUGCUCAGGUGGAAGGAAGAAGAUGCCAACAAUUAAGUCCUGGACGUCACCAGGGUGCAAACAAGUAUCUGACAAUGUGGGAACGGAUGGGACUUUUCCACAUGGCACACGGAUUCUCAAAGUCUACUGUAAUUCCUCUGUUUUUAGAAGAAUGAUUAUUUCUUCUUACCCCAAAAGUCUGCAUUUGUCAAAUGAAUGAAUUUCCCCCUUGGUAAGUGAAUAAGCCAAGUGGAAAUGAUGGUAAAUCCACGUGCUUUUAGUGUGCAAGUGAACGUAACUGCCUUUACUUAGUUUUUAUCUCAAAGUCUCAAUCAACCUGACGGUAGAAAAUCAGAAAGCUUUAAUCAGACCAAGUUAGAAUAAAUUCUGUGGAUUUGAGGUCCUCUCCUCCUCCCCAUGCACACACAUGUAUACCUGGAAUUGUUUCUAAAACCCAGAGACUCUCAUAUGGUGUCACGGCUUCCAGGGGAGCACCUGAUCGUGGGCAGCCUCUGGUCAUCCUGACAUCUGCUAAGAAGCCCUCUUCCCCACGGGGCGCCGGUCAAAUGGAGGACACAUGAAUCAUCCCGUCUAAAAGGUCUUUCAGACCUUCCAGCCCAUCAUGCCACUUGGAAAAACAUUUGACUGGUUCCCCCAUCCUCUAGGAGUAUUUGGAUACGAUAAGAGAGCAUCGGGCUAGAACUCAUAGCAACCAUCUUUACUCUCCAGCGCCACAGGGAAAAGAGAAUUCCGGACCCUGUCAACUCUCAGAGGCCCUUGAUGAGAAGAUAUGACCCAGGAGCUUCCCGGGGAAGACGGAGGUGGGCAGAACAGGACCAAAACUUUUUCUUAGAGACACUCCCCCAGGCUCUAUCUGUGUGUCUUCUCUGACUCACAGAGAAUGAAUCUUUGCCUGGCUAAGUGGCCAAGGGAAACCACUGGGCUUGACAGCAUCUUCUCUGCCUAUCGCUGAGGUCAGAGCCUCCACUCAAAGGCCCAGGCUCUACGACAUACUUGCUGUCCUUGUUCUGUUUCUUAAAAAGUUUAUUUUUGAAUCUAUAAAAGUGAGCACAGAUAUAUAUUUUUUGCCUUUAAUUUGCUCUGGGGUCAGUAAACCCAGACAUUCUCUGCCUGGACUGCGCGUGGGCUGUGGUGGAAAGAGGAGAGACCUGCAUGGGAAGAAGCCACAUCAUUCUUCUCCGCCAUUCGCAGGUGAAAAGGUGUGGCCUUUACUGUGAGACCCACAUUUGAAUUCUCACUCUCCCUUUUUUAAACAAUGUGGUUUUUGACCGAGUUUGGAAAGUCACUAAUCCCCAGCUUCCUAUCUCUUAUAAAAACCCAGAUGAUCUGCAGGUUCUGGGUGUGCAGAUGGACAACAGACAGGAUUGGGCCUGCAAUAGAAGGGGGAAAAAAUCACAAAAUCAUGUUUGGUUGUGAGCUGGGGGUCAGAGUACAGUGUAGAUAUCAGUUCAAGAGGGAACCUGUGUCCUUCAAGCUUUUUGCAGUCACCAAGUCUGCACAGCAAUGAGAUAAACAUUUAUCACGUGGGGAUGCUGGGAAGGGGACACAGAUGGAGGCGUGGGCUUACAGAGCCAGGAAACCUGGACUUGUUCUCCAGCUUUGUCCCAUUUUAUACUCACAGACGUGUUAUUUAAUCUUUCAGAGCCACAGUUUAAUCGUAAAAGUAGGAAUUGCAUAAUUACCAUGUGGGGCUUGGUGGUGGCUCUCAGUCCCGUGUGUGUCCCUGAAUGGGAGGGAAGCAGGUGUGGACUCCUAAGAACCAACGUGGAAGUUGGGCUUGACUCUCUAACUCCCCGCACUCGAUAAGGACACAAGAUAAAAUGACCCCAAACAAGCAAGCAAAGGGUUUUUCUAGAAUCUGGGUUUUUCUUGAGAUCACGUAGGCAUGUGUGGUAAUGACAAGGGCCUUGGGGAACUCGUGACAGGCUCCCUCGGUCGCUUCAGGUUUUAAAACUUGACCUGCACUAGAUGGAGGCCCCCUUUGUCUCUCACGGUAACAGGCGUCCUACAGAAUCGUAAUCAGCUGACUUUCGACAGAUACAAGUCACUCAGACCACAGAGCUGGAUGUGGACUUUCCAAUAAAUAUUGAACAGAAUGGAAAACCGGACAUGCUAAAUGGGUUAGGAAGAGACGCACAUGAAGUUUUAUCCUUCGAAGGCUUCAGAGUAUGUUUCAUCUGCCUGCUGUCCUCACAUCUCACACACAGGCGGGAAUGAGAGAAACACAGGCGGGAAUGAGAGAAACACAGGCCUCAUGCUCCUCCCUGCUGAGAGACAACGAAGAAAUGACCCCAGUUCACCUGUUAGGUGUGAUUUCUUGGACGAGGGGCGUCUGUCCUCAGCUUUAUGGUACGAUGGUGGAAGGAAAGCUUCUGGUACAGAUGGGAACACACACAGUUUUCUCAAAAUUUCUGGGUUCAAAGGGUACAUACUUCAGAAAAAAAAAUCCUCCUCUAAACUUUAAAUCCUCUCUCAAUUACUUAUAAUACCUAAUACAAUGCAAAUGCUAUGUGAAUAGUUGUCAUACUGUAUUGUUAAAUUUGUUUUUUAUUUUUUUAUUAUUUUUUUUUUACUA